CAAGUUGUGGUUGUGUCUCAGAACGGACGCGUGCAUGUGUGACGAUGUACACAUAUUUCAUUAUAUUACUGUGUGCGUGUUGUGCUCACGCGCAAUAUUACUAUAAGAGAGGCCAGUUAUGCAAUGAAUGGAAUGUAACAGGGACGUGUAAAAGCAUCCUGGAGUGCUCCUACGCCAAAAAGCUCGUUUACAGCCAUAAAAUACAGGCGCCGACAUGUUUCUAUGAAAAAAGCUUGUUAAUAGCCUGCUGCCCGAAGGAAUUCUUGAUGUUCAGAACAGGGACUUUUCGGGACCUGUUUUUGUCUUCCGUGGAAGGAGUCAAGCGAUCCAAGGACAUGACAUGUCGGUACGACGGCAACGACCCGAUUGUAUGCUGUCAGAACGCCCCCCCUCCGCGUGUUAGGGACGAACCGGCAGGAUGCCCUCCCUUACCACGCGUUUACUUGCGCGGUAAGGAGGACAGUCACAUUGCUUGGCAAAAGUGUCUCGAGAACCAGCGCUACACGGACAAGUGCGUGUCGAAAAAAGACAAUCCGGAUGAGUACGAACGCAUCAACACUUCCCCUGACACAAUUGAUACGUAUCGCAUCAUAAAUGGUACUGAUGCUGCAGCACGGGAAUUCCCACAUAUGGCUGCGCUGGGCUGUCACUCAUUGACUGUUAAUGACACGCGAGAUAUCGUUUGGGUCGGCGGCGGGUCCCUCAUCAGUGAUAAGUUCAUUUUGACAGCAGCCCACGUGGUAUACGAGCAGACGCACCAACUUAUAAAAUAUGCACUCCUUGGGACAACAAAUAAAACGGACAUUCGUGAUGGUGUCUUGUACAACAUACUUCACUGGCAUAUUUAUGAGCUUUACUCAUCGCAAAAUCAAAACAAUGACAUCGCCCUUGUCGAACUCGAUAGAAAGGUUGUUUUCUCCGAGUUCAUUCGGCCAGCCUGCUUGCCGCUUCCAAGUAUUGAGUUAGAAAAUGAAGCCAUUGUAGCUGGGUGGGGCCAGACGGCGCAGGCCGGAGAAACUUCAGAUAUACUCUUGAAGGCCCAAAUAGAAUUAAUAUCAAGUGUAACGUGCAUAGAAAGGAUUAAAAAGAAGAACUUCCGAUGGAGCAACGAAACUAUGAUCUGCGGAAGAGGGAUUUUUUCCAACCGACUGCAUCAGUACACAGACACUUGCAAGGGCGACAGCGGCGGGCCAGUAAUGGCAAAAAUAGCGAAUCUCAACUCUACCUACGUUGUGCGAGGGAUAGUUUCGUUCGGGCUUACUUGCGGCGGGGCGACGCCGGCGGCGUACACCAAAGUGGAGCCUUACAUCAACUGGAUCGUUGACCGGGUGUGGCCAGACGAGAUGAAUAGGCGUUACAAUUAACCCGACGCUUUUUAAGAGCGUAGCAUCUUUGUAUAGGUUGUGAUUUUGUUAAAGUGUUUUGAGUUGCCAGAUGGCGUUGAGAUUAAAGCUUUAAAGCGCGAGACUAUGUUUUUACGUCUUUCAGAUGCUAAUUGCGUAGAAAAUGCUUGACUAUUGCCAUGAAUUAAAAAACGAUUUGAUAUUUUAUUAAAAUGCGUGUAGCAACGCCUCUAACUUUGCGUAUGUCUUGCAUACUGCGCUGUUAUGAAGUUAUUGCGUCGCGGUUUUAAAUUAUUGUACAUAUUCGUAUAGUGAUACAAGCUAACGAAUAGUAUUUCUUGCGACUUAACGAUAAUUGCGGAUCAAAAGCUACGAAACCGCGCCUAACUUUCAUGUAAUUCUUUGAUAGAACAUACCUUUAUUGACGACUAGCUGCGCCCCGCGGUUCCACCCGCGCAAGUCCGUAUCCUGUAGGAAUAUCGGGAUAAAAAGUUGCCUAUAUGUUACUCCAGUUGUCCAGCUAUCUACGUAG